CCCCUCCCCCCAUCCUGGCCACCCCUGCAAAAGUGGGGUGCGGAGGGGGGAGGGGUGAGAACCCACGGAGGAGAGGAACGAAACUCCGAUGAAGUCAGAGCCCCCUACCCGCCGCGGCGGCCAGGCCCCCCAACAUGGACUGUCUCUGUAUAGUGACAACCAAGAAAUACCGCUACCAAGAUGAAGACACACCCCCUCUGGAGCACAGCCCGGCCCACCUCCCCAACCAGGUAAACGCCCCCGAGCUGGUGCACGUGGCGGAGAGGAACUUGUCCCACCUCGAGGCCGUCCACGGGGUCGUGGGCCGCGCCCAUCUCUCCCCCCUCAAGGCCAAUUCUCCCCCCGUGAUUGUCAACACAGACACCCUAGAAGCCCCGGGAUAUGUGAACGGGACCGAGGGGGAGAUGGAAUACGAGGAGAUCACAUUGGAAAGGGGUAACUCAGGUCUGGGCUUCAGCAUCGCAGGUGGCACCGACAACCCACACAUUGGUGACGACCCAUCCAUUUUCAUCACCAAGAUCAUUCCUGGUGGGGCCGCAGCCCAGGACGGCCGCCUCAGGGUCAACGAUAGCAUCUUGUUUGUAAAUGAAGUGGACGUGCGGGAGGUGACCCACUCGGCGGCGGUGGAGGCCCUCAAAGAGGCCGGCUCCAUAGUCCGCCUCUACGUCAUGCGCCGGAAGCCCCCUGCUGAGAAACUCAUGGAGAUCAAGCUCAUCAAGGGGCCUAAAGGUCUUGGCUUCAGCAUCGCAGGCGGUGUAGGGAACCAGCACAUCCCUGGCGACAACAGCAUCUACGUAACCAAGAUUAUCGAAGGGGGUGCCGCCCAUAAGGACGGGAGGUUGCAGAUUGGAGACAAGAUUUUGGCGGUCAACAGCGUGGGGCUGGAGGACGUCAUGCAUGAGGACGCGGUGGCAGCCCUGAAGAACACGUAUGAUGUCGUCUACCUAAAGGUGGCCAAGCCCAGCAAUGCCUACCUGAGUGACAGCUAUGCUCCCCCAGACAUCACAACCUCUUACUCCCAGCACCUGGACAACGAGAUGAGCCACAGCAGCUACCUGGGCACGGACUACCCCACAGCCAUGACCCCCACGUCCCCCCGGCGCUACUCCCCGGUGGCCAAGGACCUGCUGGGGGAGGAAGACAUUCCCCGAGAACCGAGGCGGAUCGUCAUUCACCGCGGCUCCACGGGCCUGGGCUUCAACAUCGUCGGGGGCGAGGACGGUGAAGACCCUGCCCUGACCGCUGAGCUGGGCCUCAGCCAGGCUCUGACCGGUGGCCGUCUGUCCUCCAGGGCCCUGUUUGACUACGACAAGACCAAGGACUGCGGAUUCCUGAGCCAGGCCCUUAGCUUCCACUUUGGGGACGUGCUGCAUGUCAUCGAUGCCAGUGAUGAGGAGUGGUGGCAGGCACGGCGGGUUCACUCGGACAGCGAGACCGACGACAUUGGCUUUAUUCCCAGCAAACGGCGGGUUGAGCGACGGGAGUGGUCAAGGUUAAAGGCCAAGGAUUGGGGCUCCAGCUCUGGAUCGCAGGGUCGAGAAGACUCGGUUCUGAGCUACGAGACGGUGACGCAGAUGGAAGUGCACUAUGCUCGCCCCAUCAUCAUCCUCGGGCCCACCAAGGACCGUGCCAACGACGACCUUCUCUCUGAGUUCCCCGACAAGUUUGGAUCCUGUGUUCCCCACGCGAGGAAGGUGAACUCAGACCUGACGGUGGCCUUCAGGCUCCCCGCCCCCCACCGCCCCCGGGCCCGCUCCCCCCGCUCCCCGCUGUCCGACGAGUCUCCCACCCCGAACACCCUUCCCGAAACCACCAGCGCCUUCCCCUUCGGGGAUCUCAUGCCCUGGCUUCCCCACCUGGGAGCACUUCUCCCUUCCUUCUUAGAGUAG